AUGGCACCCGGAGCUGCUUUCACCGAGGAAUUCUUCACCGCAUGCAUGGAAGGUAAUCUGGCAAAAGUGCGAAAGGCCCUUGCUAGCGGGCUUCCCACCCGAACCCUUGAGGAAGGACUCAGUCUCGCUACCGCUGCGGCACAUCCGGAUGUUGAGGCCGCACUUUUCGAUGCUGGCGCUCCAAUGACGGGCUUUGCGAUAAAUUCCCUUGGUGGAAAAGACGGCGAGCAACAUCCCGAUGUAGUUCGCCACUACCUCGAUCGUGGUCUCAAUCCUAACCGUACCACGUCCAAUCGAGAGCCUCUCUUACGUUUCCUGAAUGCUGCCACAGCUCGUGAACUCCUUUUGCGAGGAGCUGAUUCUAAUCGCCGCGGACCAAAGAAGGUAGCUCCGCUUGCCAGUGCACUAGAGAUCGCCUGCGAAGAUGACACUUCUUUGUUUGACCUACUUGUCGAAUACGGAGCCAAGAUAGAACCAAGCCUCUUCUUUGACGUGAUUCGUCCGCGCGUGGUAGAUGGGCAGUUCAAGACCAAGUUCCUCCUUAGUAAGGAUCUGGAUCCAACUACGACUUCCCCAGAAUGGGCCACACCUUUACACUGUGCCGCCUAUUUUGCCAAGGAGGAGGUUGUCAAAAUUCUGCUGGAUACAGGUGCAGACAAUCUGCAGGCUUCCUUUGAAACCAUACUCGGGCUUCUUCAGAAUAAUCAGCGGUGA